AUUAAAUUUUGUAUUCAAAUAUUUUAAAUAGAGCAUUGAAAUACAUAAAAAGUUAAAUAUAUUAACCUUUUUAAUAAAUUCAGAAAAUAUUGUAAUAACUUUUCACAAAAAUGAUAAAUAAAUUACAUAAAUUAUUUGUACUAAAUAAAAAUAUGUCCUGUCCAUUUUUGAAUUCUUUGGGUGCUUCAUAUUUGCGGAAUUAUGCCCCUCUUUUAAUACAAAAUUAUGCUUCACAUUGUCCGGUCAUGAGUUUAAAACUAGGCUCAACGCUUACAAAUCAAUUUAGCUCACUACAGCAACAUCAUCCAAUUGAAGAAAAGGAUUCUGUAAAGGAAAGUGUUGAAGAAUCUGUUCAAAAAAAAAUGAUUUCAAAAAAUGAAGAAAAAAACUCAUUCAAAUACGAAAAAUUCUUUAAAGAGCAAAUAAUGAAAAAAAAGGAGGAUCAUUCUUACAGAAUAUUUAAAAAGGUUAAUAGGUUAGCGGGAGAAGGAAGUUUUCCAAAGGCUUUGGAAUACACAUCUGGUGAAAAACCAAUAACUGUGUGGUGCUCUAAUGAUUAUUUAGGAAUGUCUUGUCAUCCAAAGGUUAAAGCUGCUGUUAGAGACGCCUUAGAAAAUCAUGGUGCGGGUGCUGGGGGAACUCGAAACAUAUCGGGAAAUUCUCUUUAUCAUGAAUUGCUGGAGAAACGUUUGGCUAAAUUGCACAAAAAAGAAGCAGCGUUGUUAUUUACUUCUUGUUUCGUUGCAAAUGAUUCUACAUUAUAUACACUAGCUAGAUUACUUCCUAAUUGUCACAUAUUUUCUGAUGAGGGCAAUCAUGCAUCAAUGAUAAUGGGAAUAAGAAAUAGUCAAGCUCCUAAACAUAUUUUUAAGCACAACGACCCAAAUCACUUGAGAUUUUUAUUAGAAAAAGUUGACAAAAAUAUUCCAAAAAUUGUUGCUUUCGAAACCGUACAUUCUAUGUCUGGCAGUAUAUGUCCACUAAAACAACUUUGUGAAGUGGCACAUGAAUUUGGUGCCAUAACAUUUAUUGAUGAAGUUCACGCCGUUGGACUUUAUGGGCAAAAUGGAGCCGGAGUGGGGGAAAGGGACAACCAGUUGCAUAAUAUGGAUAUUAUCUCUGGUACAUUAGGUAAAGCGUUCGGAAAUAUUGGAGGAUAUAUUGCGGGAAGUACGUCAUUGGUGGACAUGAUAAGAUCAUAUGCCGCUGGAUUUAUAUUCACAACCUCUUUACCGCCAACGGUUUUACGAGGAGCAUAUCAAGCUAUUGAAAUUCUUUCUUCAGAUGAAGGCAAAGAAUUACGAUCACGUCAUCAAAACAAUGUGAACUAUUUGAGAUCAUUACUACAAAGAGAAGGUUUCCCAGUUGAACCAACUUUAAGCCACAUAAUUCCAAUAAAAAUCGGCAAUCCUGAAAAAUGCACAAAAUUAUCAGACUUACUACUAAGUAAAUAUGGGCAUUAUGUACAAGCUAUCAAUUAUCCAACUGUACCAAGAGGAGAAGAAAAACUGCGAUUGGCUCCAACGCCAUUCCAUACUCACAGCAUGAUAAAUCAAUUAGUGAAAGAUUUGAGGAAAACAUGGGAGGAAGUUUGUUUACCAUUACAUUAUCCAGAAAAUCCGGGACAAUGCGCCUUUUGCAGACAAGAUGACUUCUCAUCCAGUAUUAAUUGUAGGAUACCUAAUUGCCCAACAAUGAUUGCGGUAGCAUAAAUUUUGGAGUAAAUUCAUUUUUGUUAUAUUUUAUUGUGGGUUAGGUGCAAAAACAGUACUACGUUGGUGAAGGAAAUAUAUGAAUCUUUUGAAUUAAAAUUAAAUUUUUUAACUUAUAAAUUUGUUUUAAAUAUUCACCUUUAUAUUAUAUUUUUUGUUUCUUUUUUUUUAUUGUUGUUGUAAAAAAGUUGUUCUUAAAAUUUUGGAACUACUUUCAAAAUCGGGCAAAAAAUUGAACAAGUUAAAUCCUUUGAAGCAUGUUAAUUUUUUAAUUGUUUCGGUUAUUUAGUUAAAUAAUAUAUGGUUGUGCUUUAUAUAUGUGAAAAAUAGUUGAAGUUCCAAGGCGUCAUGUUAAAAUUUUUUUUGUAUGUUAAUAAAAACAGUCAAAUGAUAAAAAAAUUUUUUUAAAUCC